GAUAUAGUGAAUGCGGGGUCCGGGGAGAGCGGAUAUAGUGAAUGCGGGGUCCGGGGAGAGCGGAGCGGAUAUAGUGAAUGCGGGGUCCGGGGAGAGCGGAUACGGUGAACGCGGGGUCCUGGGAGAGCGGAUACGGUGAAUGCGGGGUCCGGGGAGAGCGGAUACAGUGAAUGCAGGGUCCGGGGAGAGCGGAUACAGUGAAUGCGGGGUCCGGGAGAGCGGAUAUAGUGAAUGCAAGGUCCAGGGACACUGUAGAAAUGAUCAUGCA